AGCUCCUCCUUUCUAACCAACAUGUCUGCCGAAUUCGCCAUUGUGUACGCAGCUCUUAUCCUCCAGGACGACGGUAUUGAGAUUACCGCUGACAAGCUCUCCACCCUUGUCAAGGCCGCUAACGUCGAAGUUGAGCCCGUCUGGUUCUCCCUUUACGCCAAGGCCCUCGCUGGCCAAGACCUUGCUGGUCUCCUCAUGAACAUCGGUUCCGCUGGUUCUGCUGCCCCCGCUGCUGCUGCUGGUGGUGCUGCUGCUGGUGGUGCCGCUGAGGAAGCCGCUGCUGAAGAGAAGGAAGAGGAGAAGGAGGAGUCUGAUGACGAUAUGGGCUUCGGUCUUUUCGACUAAAGAAUUCUAUAGAUGAACUUUUGCGUAAAAACACCAGUUUUUGCCAGUCUCAUUCAAAUAAAUUCUCAACUGAUCUCAUUCCUUCCGUUUUGUGUAUGAUGAAACAUUAUUGAUAGUACAAGUUUUAUUCCAAUUCGAAGCUUGAUCUAAGUUUGGCGUAUUCAUUACAUUCACUCCCCUUCUUCGUCACUGCCAUCGCUGGCC